GUGGUUAAACCAAGAUUUUUAUUUUCAUUUAUUUAAAGAACAAAACGUAAAAAGUUUUACAGAGCCCGUUUGGGGGACGGAUGGAGUACAGAAAUAUAACGGCGGAUUGUUUCCUUGAGCCGGUGGCUCCGAUUGAAAUGAUCACUGAACCAAAGCAAGAAGAGGAAGAAGACCCCGCAGAGAGCUAGAGCCCAUGUCCAAGCGUUUCAUGGACAAAGCCCUCUCCACUGCUUCUCCCUCUAUGGGAACUCCUCUCGCCAAUGGAAGCACUAUUAGUAAAAGAUCAAGGGCAAUUCGAGAUGGACGUAUGGACAGAUCUGCAGUGGUCUGUUCGUGUGUAAAGGAUAAAGCCAUUGCCAUUCGAGACAGUCUUGACCCCGGAUUUCCUUCCUUUAUUAAGUUCCUUCUCCGGUCCCACGUCACAAAAUUGUUUUGGGUGGGUCUUCCGGGGGAUUUUUGUAAGAGGCACCUCCCCAAUGAUGCUACAGUUAUAUUGGAGGGUGAAGAUGGCAUGCAGUAUGACAUAACUUUUGUAGUAGGUAGAAAACAACUUCGCGGGGGAUGGAAAGCGUUUUCACAGGCCCAUAACUUGCAAGAAGGCGAUGCAGUUGUCUUCCAAUUGGUGCAUCAAUAUGAAUUCAAGGUUUAUAUAGUGAGAUUCAAUGAUUUGGAUCACCAUGUACACGAAGGACAAUCAGACAUAGAAAAGAGUGAUGAAGAAGAUGAAUAUCAAAAGAGGAAAAGUCUGGCUGAAAUGACUCCGAGUCUCGGUGAAAACCUUCUGAAUGAUUAUGAGGAAGAGCUCCCCACUGCCUCUCCCUCCGUGGCCAGUGAAGGAACUCCUCUGGCCAAUGGAAGCACCAGUAGAAAAAGAUCCAUGGCAAUGCAUGCUAGAAGUAUGAACAUAUCUGCAGCUGUUUGUUUGUGUGUAAAGGAGAAAGCAAUUGCUCUUCGAGACAGUCUUGACACCAGACUUCCAAGCUUUAUAAAGUUCCUUCUGCGUUCCCACGUCACACAUGGGUUUUGGAUGAGUCUUCCUAUGGAUUUCCAUCGGAUGCACUUACCCAAUGAUGCUACAAUCAUAUUGGAGGGUGAAGAUAGCAUGCGGUAUAAAACAAAUUUUCUAGCAGGUAAAGGAGGACUUAGCGGUGGAUGGAGAGGGUUUGCGCUUUCCCAUAACUUGCAAGAGGGUGAUGCAAUUGUUUUCCAAUUGGUGAAGCAAUAUGAAUUCAAGGUUUACAUAGUGAGAGUCAGUGAUUUGGAUCACUGUGCACAUGAAGGAGGACAACCAGUGACAGAAAAGAGCGGUGAAGAUGGGUGCGAAAAGAGGAAAAGCCCGGCUGAAGUGACUCCGAGACUUGGUGAAAACUUUCUGGAGGAUUAUGAGGGUGAAGGGUUCUAUUUCGCGAGUGAUAGUGAGGAUUCCCCUGCAGAAAACAUGGAAGAAAGCAAAUCCCUAGAUCCCUUUGAGGACUUGAAGAGUUUCAAAAUUGUUGUAAACGGUUGCCCUGUUGACCCAUUGAUCUCCGUCUCAGCACGUAUCAAGUAUUAUGAGCUAUGUCUGUCUAGGAAAUCAUAUCUACACGGCGAGCUUCUCAAGAAAAUCAACCACCAACUGGCUACAGGAGUCAUACUUGAAAUCAUCAGCAUUGCUGAUGCCAUAAGAGCUUGCUGCCUCUCCACCUCCCAGAGCGACAUCAAAGAAUGGGCAACAAAAUUAGAAGGGUUUAGGCUCUUGGGAAUGGAUGUUGGUUUUCUGCUUGACAGAGUUGAGGAACUUCUACGACUUGCUGUCGAGUAUCAAGAGAGCGGGGAAGCAAAGAGGUAUUACGAAACUACAAAGAAGGAAAAGCAUUUGGAUGAAGAAAUAGCUUCUCUGGAAAGGAAGAUGAUGGAGCUUAAAGAAGCCAGGGCCACUCUUCAAUCUGAAAGAGAGGUUCUUGAGGCGCAUUUCCUUAAGCAGAGAUUGAGUUUCCAAGACACGGCAAAGAUGGCUUGGUGAUCUUAUUCGUAAUGAUCGUCUACUUUCCUAGUUUCCUCUAACCUGUGUUUGGCACAUGUGACUAUUGAUUAUGAGGCCAUUCAUAUAUUGUUCUCUUAUGUUUUCAUAUGUUGUUAAGCACAUAAGCAAUGAAUGAGGGAGUAGUAGUAGUGGUUAAUGUUUGUCUCACCUGUUUCAAUAUACUCCUUAUCUUGUGCCAACUGAUAUUUUUUCUUUCGGUAAAUAGUACUCCGUAUAUGAGAAACUUUUUAUAAGAAAACAUUAUUUGUAAU